AUGACUUGCGCGAGAGCCACGACGCGCGGCCUUUCUUUGGACCUGAACUCGCCGUUCGGUCCACAGGUAUCGGACCUCCGAAGCCCCGAAGAUAUCAACCUUAACCUCUAUAAUUUCGACAAGGUUGACGCGCUCAACUGUCCAUACGUGUUGACUAGUCCCAGAUCGCUUGAAGCUUGUGCAAAUCUAGGAAUCAAACCUGUUGAACUCUUGUCCAAGUCUUUCGAAGAGUUCAGAGAUGAGCUACCCAGCUAUACCCCAUUCGAAGAGGUCAAACAUCUUUACAAGCUAUUCGAAAUCCAGCGUACGAAGAAACUAGAGAGAUGUCGAAAAGAGCGCGAAUACAUCAUCCAGAUGGAACGCCUGAAAAGACACCGAUCGCAAUCAGUCUCACCGGGACGUCGACGAAAUCGAAUAGACAUGCCGGUGCUGGAAGUUGUUCUGUCGGGAAGUUCAGAUGAAGACAAGAACAGCAGCGCGAGCCAUACAGAAGCCCAAACGCCUGAAACGCCCCCACAGAUUUCGACUCCUGGAGGAGAUUCUCACACAACCGCAGAAAGUUUAGACAACGACAAUCUGAGCGUUGAGGAUGAAGUGAUAUCUCGACCGACCGGCAGUCUACCGCGAAGUAAGAGCACGCCUGCAUCGCCCUUCCACAAUGCUCAAGGACUCCAAAUGGGUCUACUCGCCAUAACUUCCAGCAAAGUGAUUACUCGUCUCGAAGAUAAUCCUCGCUGCAGAGUCAAACUCCCUCCCAAGGAUAUUCGGCUGCUGGAAAUCAUGGUGAAACGGAGAGAGGCCGAACUGGAAGCCGAAGAGAAGCGGCGCCGGGCCCAUGAGCAGUGGGAAUGCGAGCGGGAAGAGCUCAGGAGACGUCGAGAGGAAGCUGCGAAAACCAGGAGUCUCAAGCGCUCUAAGGAGAAGAACAGGGAAUGCGUCAAUAAUCAAAAACGAAUGUACAAAUCUCAACCAACAACUCCCGAUUGGAUAGCUAGUGUAUGCACAUCAUCGAGGACUUCCCACGAAAACCUUUCUCACAUAGAACGGAUGAAAAAAUCUACGCCGAGACCUGGAGAGUUGAGCGAGCGCAUAGCCAAAAUGCAUCUUCAAUUGCAACAGGGGUGCGAACGCGACGGAAUCUCAGUACGAAGCACUACAGAUGAGCGCUUACGCGCGGCUGGGGAACGGGUUCGAAACCGUGUGAAGGAACUUGAGGCGAAAAUCCGGGAGAAGGACGAGAGGGCUCAAGAACGAGUCAAAGUUCGCCGCUGUGAACGUGAAAGAGAGAUGCAACGCAGCUCGGAACAACUCCACGGUCGCAUCAAUGUCGCUCGGAAGAAUCAGAAAGAACUGGAUGCCGCGCUGGACAUGUGGAGGAGCAAGGUGAGCGAAUAUCAAGUGGCAUCCAACGCGCGUGCUCAAGAGCGGGUCAAAGAACUCUUGGAGGAGAAGAAACGGAAGGCUCAAAAAGAUCGAGAGACCCGCGAGAAAUCCUUCCGCAAGGGUCUGGAGAAAGUUGCGGUGCUUGAGGGCGAGAGAUUGUCGCAGAUGAUCCAACGGCUGAGACAGAAAGAACAACGCGCCCGUCAAUUCACCACCGAGAAGCAAGCUUUCAUUAGUCAGUCUAGAGCUUUGGCAAAGGCUUCGUCUGAUCUUCGAGAACAACUGAAGCUGAAAGCCGAUCUGGUUGAAGGAGGACAUCCUGAGCGCGUGUCGAGACGAAGACGUGGGAGCAGCUCGACCAGAUCCGUGACGUCUACUGCGGACUCGACCACCACAACGACGGCCACCGGAUCGCGCAUCACCCAAACGUCGAUGGUUGCGAGCAGCAGGGCUGCGACCAGCAAAGAGUCCCGAUGA